AUGUUUAUCAGUUAUUUGUUUGUAUUUUUGCAAGUGGUUGCCUUCACUGUAGCUGGAUAUGCCAAUGAUCCGAAUGUCUACGAGUUGACACCUUCCAACUUUGAUAAGGUUGUUAGAAAGACAAAUUACACCACCAUUGUUGAAUUUUACGCUCCAUGGUGUGGCUACUGCAAACAAUUAGAACCAAUUUAUAAGCAGUUGGGGAAGCUUGUGCACCAGGAGGGGAAGUAUGCAGUGAAUGUCGCUGCUGUGGAUUGUGACAAGGACGAGAAUAAGCCCUUGUGUAGCCGGUAUCAAGUCAGUGGGUACCCAAGUUUGAUGGUUUUCCGUCCACCAAAAUAUAUUGUGGGAGACACAAAAAAGCCAGGAAGACACGUUUCGGAAACAUAUAACGGGGAAAGAACUCUCAAGGCUAUGUGGACUUUCCUUCAAGGACGUCUCAAGAACUAUGUCAAGAAGUUUUCCACUUUGAAGGCUGAUGGGGUGCAACAAUGGCUCGAUGAGACUGACCAGGACGUGGACUCACGUAAAAAGGUUCUUUUGAUCACUCAACUGAAGGCUAUCAGUCCUACCCUCAAGUCUUUGGCAAUAGAUUUCCUUGCCGAUUACAAGUUUGCCAUGGCUACCGCCACGGACAUCAAGGCCGUUACUGGGCUACUGUUUGACAUCAACGGUAAACCAGUCGAAAUACCCGUGCAAGACUCCGAUAAGCUCCCAUUGUUGAUCACAUACAACGAUGAAACUGGAGAGUUUGUUAAAUAUCCAGGCACCAAGAAGGACAAGAACAACUCCAAGAAGAUUUCUCAAUGGCUUGUUGACCAAAACAACGGGAAACUCCCCCAUGAGGGACAAUUGUCCAAGAAGGAAUUCAAGUACUAUUCCAAGUACAGAACAGGUAAGGCCACCGAAAAGAUCGUUCACGACGAGUUGUAA